AUGCCAACAUCUCCUCAACCAGACAAUGUUUCCAGUGCACGCUUAGCUCGACUGGCUCAAUUAGGCACUGACUUACACGCAAACAGCACGGAGACUGCCGUUUGGCUUGCACUAGAACAGACAUUAGCCGACUUCUUCGGAUAUUCUUUAUUCACUGUUCUAGCGUUUUCGAAACAAGGGGUCGUCACAAGACUUUACAGCACCAACAGAGACCUGCAUCCGCUAGGAAUAAGAAAGGAGUCCCCCACUGCGGAUUAUGACAGAGAUAACGUUGGAACUCCAUCUCCACCACCCUGCCGCGCAGUAUGUGUCCAGCAGGUCUUGGUGGAGGGAAAUAUUUGGCGUGGCUCCAUGCCCGAGGAUCUAAAGGCAGCAUUUGAAGACUGGGAGCAACUUUGA